AUGGGGUUGAAGGAAAUUCGAAGACUACGCCUACCGUAUGAGCCCCAGAAAGAGAAGUGGCUGUUGAUCUGUUCGCCGAGCUUGGCAAUUGAUUUGCAAACGUUUCGUCACCAUUCGAGGAGACAUCUUCAGUGCGCUGUUGGUUGGAGAAGCCGACCACGACGCAAUACAGAUCGAGAAUGGGCCAAUCAGAAUCCAGGUUACAGCGCAAAGGCUGCUCAUUAUAGACUAUAUAAACGCGGGCACAAAGAGAGGAACUACCCAACCAACAGCGCACUGAAGAUGUCGCCUCGAAUGGUGACGAAACGUUUGCAAAUUAAUUGCCAAGCUCGGCGAACAGAUCAACAGCCACCUAAUCAAUUACCAACCAAUACAACCAAGCUACCAAUAUUCCAAAACAUUACCAACUUCAAAGGCUACUUAACGGGUUUUAUUCCCUGCAUGCCCUUACUUUUUUCGGGUGAUGAUGAUGACGAUGUUGCUGAUGAUGACUUUGAUGAUGAUGAUGAUGACGAUGAUGAUGAUGACGAUGAUGGUGAUUGUGGCGAUGGUGAUGAUCAUGAUACGAGUAAAUAUGCAAUUGAAUGUGCUGCACCAGGCCAGCUCAUAUUCCAAGUAAAGCAUAUGGUUGCCGGUAACUCGGUGACUGUGCCUACCUGA